AAAAGGAAAAUUUGAAUGCAACUUAUGGACAGCGUACUAUUAUUGUGUGGUGCGGUUGUGUUUUUCGACUGCUGGCUAACCGCAUCGUGCGAAAUUCGUUCAUAAUUUUGCAGAUGCAGCCAGUAGGAGCAGGCAAGUUUGGAAGACGAAUCCAUUAACGCGCUGGUAUUUCACUUGUUACGGCAGAAACAAAAGUGUACUUGCUAGUGAAAAAAGAAAUCGAUCAGUGAAAAGUGGAACUAUUUGCUCGUAGGCGCCAGAGGAAAAUAUGGAUAAGUGAAAACCUUCACACUUGCAAAGACAUAAAUGUGUAGUUAAAAAUCAAUUCCAAUGAUUAGUUUGAUGCUUACCGGUGUUGUGUUGUUUGCCUACAUUUUUCUACAAAAGUGGUGGUCCAGUCAACGCAGUAAUACUUCGGACGACAGUGACACCAUUAGCAGAAUCGAACAUGUUAGUUACAGUAACGUGAACAAUAGUGAUUCGCCCGCCGAAAGCUGCGACACGGAACCACCCGUAGUCAGUACACACGUUAUCACCAACGGAAACGUGAUAGCCGAGAUAGCGAUCGAUGUCGUCGCACAGCAGAUAAAACGUGUUUCUUUUUCCAAUGCUAAUCAUAUUUUCGAAGAAAAGGAAUCUUACCCCAGUGAACAGAAUAACGGUGUUAAUCAAAGCGAAUCAAGCUUGAACACUGUGAACGAAAAUACAAUUAUCAGUGAGAACGGGAUGGAUUCCGGCGCGGGAGGAGCCCCCGGUGGCGAUCGGCCGAGCUUUAUUGUCGGUGAGGACGGCCAGGAUGAACAGGAAGCUAAGGAUGAGUUUCCCCAAACGUUGGAAAACGGUAUGCCGCAUCACGUCGGAUACGAGGUGAAUUUGAACGAGAAGCGACGCCGGUUGAGGCCUAGUAUGUCCCAUGGCACCGGCCUCGGACUAGAUAGAGGUCAUGAGCGAGAUUUCGUACUUUCCACUACUGAAGAGUUCGUUAAAAAAUUUGGCGGAACGCGUGCAAUCACCAAGGUUUUGAUUGCAAACAACGGCAUCGCGGCGGUCAAGUGUAUGCGCUCGAUUCGUCGCUGGUCGUACGAGAUGUUCAAGAAUGAACGAGCGGUACGCUUCGUCGUUAUGGUUACCCCGGAGGAUCUCAAGGCUAAUGCAGAGUACAUCAAGAUGGCUGACCAUUACGUCCCGGUGCCGGGUGGAUCGAACAAUAACAAUUACGCUAACGUGGAGCUGAUCGUAGAUAUCGCCCUGAGAACAAUGGUUCAAGCUGUUUGGGCCGGCUGGGGUCAUGCGUCGGAAAAUCCCAAACUGCCGGAACUACUGCACAAGAAGGGACUGGUUUUCUUGGGGCCGCCCGAUCGUGCUAUGUGGGCUCUAGGUGAUAAGGUUGCAUCUUCAAUCGUAGCUCAAACUGCAGACAUUCCAACAUUGCCCUGGUCCGGUUCUGAACUGAAGGCGCAAUACAGUGGCAAGAAGAUCAAAAUCUCAAGCGAUCUGUUCGCUCGAGGUUGUGUAACCACUUCCGAGCAAGGCUUGGUAGCGGCGGACAAGAUUGGCUUCCCAGUGAUGAUCAAGGCUUCCGAAGGUGGCGGCGGAAAGGGUAUUCGUCGAGUUGACAUUGCCGAUGAGUUUCCUGCAUUGUUCCGCCAGGUUCAAGCGGAAGUACCUGGAUCGCCAAUAUUCGUGAUGAAGCUGGCCCGUGGAGCAAGGCAUUUAGAAGUGCAGUUACUGGCGGAUCAGUACGGCAAUGCCAUCAGCUUGUUUGGCCGUGAUUGCUCUAUCCAACGUCGACAUCAGAAAAUUAUUGAAGAAGCACCGGCUAUUGUCGCUGAACCAGAAGUGUUUGAAGACAUGGAAAAGGCAGCUGUGCGGUUGGCGAAAAUGGUCGGAUACGUGAGCGCCGGUACGGUGGAAUAUUUGUACGAUGCGGAGGGGAAAUACUUUUUCCUCGAAUUGAAUCCACGUUUACAGGUAGAGCACCCCUGUACCGAGAUGGUUGCUGAAGUGAAUCUUCCUGCUGCUCAGCUACAAAUCGGAAUGGGCAUUCCACUGUACCGGAUCAAGGAUAUACGACUGCUGUAUGGAGAACAUCCGUGGGAUUCUACUGUGAUUGAUUUUGAUAACCCAGCCACGAAACCGCGACCACGUGGACAUGUUAUUGCAGCUCGUAUUACAUCGGAGAACCCGGAUGAAGGUUUCAAGCCCAGUUCAGGUACGGUACAAGAGUUGAACUUCCGCUCCAGCCAGAACGUGUGGGGAUACUUCAGCGUGGCAGCAUCUGGAGGACUUCAUGAGUUUGCCGAUUCUCAGUUUGGGCACUGUUUUUCGUGGGGCGAAAAUCGACAACAAGCUCGAGAAAAUCUUGUGAUCGCACUGAAGGAGUUGUCUAUUCGGGGAGAUUUCAGAACGACGGUGGAAUAUUUGAUCACCCUGUUGGAAACGAACAGUUUUCUGGAGAAUACAAUCGACACUGCUUGGUUAGAUGCAUUGAUUGCGGAGCGUAUGAAGUCGGAUAAACCCGAUAUUAUUCUUGGUGUCAUUUGUGGAGCACUCCAUAUCGCUGACCGCAAAAUAACGGAGACGUUUACUAGCUUCAAAACUUCCAUGGAGAAAGGACAAAUACAGGCCGCGAACACAUUGACGAACGUUAUUGAUGUGGAGUUAAUUUCCGAAGGCAUCCGCUACAAAGUCCAAGCGGCUAAAAGUGGACCAAACACCUACUUCCUGGUAAUGAACGGUUCGUUCAAAGAGGUUGAAGUUCAUCGGCUAUCCGACGGUGGAAUAUUGCUCUCGCUGGAUGGCUCAAGUUGCACUACAUACAUGAAGGAAGAAGUGGACAGAUACAGAAUCGUGAUCGGCAAUCAAACGUGCGUGUUCGAAAAAGAAAACGACCCAUCGCUACUCCGCAGUCCUUCCGCUGGCAAGCUUAUCAAUUUGCUGAUAGAAGAUGGAGCUCACGUGAACAAAGGUCAACCGUAUGCUGAAAUUGAAGUCAUGAAAAUGGUUAUGACUUUGACGGCUGGAGAAACAGGAACGGUGACAUUCGUUCGACGUCCUGGAGCUGUAUUGGAUGCCGGAUCACUGUUGGGACACCUUGAACUGGAUGAUCCAUCCCUUGUGACGAAAGCUCAACCGUACAACAAUCCUUGGCCACUGACCGGGGACGCUGCUCAAAUUCCCGAAAAGCUUAAUCGGGUUCAUUCCAGUUAUAAGACAAUCUUGGAGAACACAUUAGCCGGUUACUGCCUCCCAGAUCCAUACAAUGCACCUAGAUUGCGAGAAAUCAUUGAAAAGUUCAUGCAAAGUUUGCGUGAUCCCUCUCUGCCAUUACUGGAACUUCAGGAAGUGAUUGCUUCAAUAUCCGGCCGUAUUCCGAUCUCGGUUGACAAGAAAAUUCGCAAGCUGAUGCAGUUGUAUGAGCGAAACAUCACCAGUGUGCUAGCGCAAUUUCCUUCUCAGCAAAUUGCUUCAGUAAUUGAUAUGCAUGCAGCAACUUUGCAAAAGCGUACGGAUCGGGAUGUCUUCUUCCUCAAUACCCAAGGAAUCGUUCAGCUUGUUCAACGUUAUCGCAACGGAAUCCGUGGCCGCAUGAAGGCAGCCGUUCACGAGCUGCUGCGCCAGUACUACGCCGUAGAAUGUCAGUUCCAGCAUGGACAUUACGACAAAUGUGUCGGAGCCAUUCGCGAGAAGCAUAAAGACAACAUGGACACGGUGGUUGAAACAAUUUUCUCGCAUAGCCAGGUAGCUAAAAAGAAUCUUCUGGUAACGCUUUUGAUCGAUCAUUUGUGGGCCAACGAACCAGGUUUGACUGACGAACUGGCCGCCACGUUAAGCGAACUAACUUCGUUGAAUAGAGCCGAUCACUCUCGAGUCGCUCUGCGAGCUCGUCAGGUUCUAAUCGCUGCCCACCAACCGGCUUAUGAGCUGCGACACAACCAAAUGGAGUCAAUUUUCCUCUCGGCAGUUGACAUGUACGGUCACGAUUUCCAUCCGGAAAAUUUGCAACGUUUGAUCCUUUCGGAAACAUCAAUUUUCGAUAUUCUUCACGAUUUCUUUUAUCACUCAAAUCGAGCCGUCUGCAAUGCUGCUCUGGAAGUGUACGUGCGUCGUGCGUAUACGUCUUACGAUUUGACUUGUCUGCAACAUCUGGAGCUUUCCGGGGAGGUCCCGUUGGUACACUUCCAGUUUUUGCUGCCGACUGCCCAUCCUAAUCGGUACAGACAAUUGCCAGAUGGAACAGAAUGUGAUACAAUUGAGGAUUCAUUUAUGCGAACCGGCUGCAUGGCAGCGUUCGACUCGUUCGAACACUUUACACAGUACUCGGACGAGAUUUUGGAUUUGCUGGAAGAUUUUGCAUCGCCUGCAUUUGUUAGCCCAAAGGUGCUGGAAGCGGUGGAUGGUGGCGAUUCGGAUCGAAGAAUGAGUACCUCAAUUAAUGUUUCGAUAUCUGAUCCAAUCGCACGAGCUGUAGAAAUAGACGGGACUGCCGUUAACCCGACAGAAGCCAUUCAUAUACUAAGCAUCGCUGUUCGAGAUAUGGGCGAUAUGGACGACUUGCAGAUGGAGCAAGUUUUUGGAUCGUUCUGUGCACAGCAUCGCGAAGAGCUGAUAACCCGCCGAGUAAGACGGAUUACUUUUGCAGCUUUGAAGAAGCGUCAGUUCCCUAAAUUUUUCACAUACCGUGCUCGAGAUAACUUCGAGGAAGAUCGCAUCUACCGACAUUUGGAACCGGCUUGUGCUUUCCAGCUGGAGCUAAAUCGUAUGCGAACGUACGACCUGGAGGCUUUGCCUACAGCCAACCAAAAAAUGCACCUUUACUUGGGUCGUGCGAAAGUUCCAAAGGGUCAAGAGGUGACUGAUUUCCGCUUCUUCAUCCGGUCUAUCAUUCGCCACUCUGAUCUAAUCACCAAAGAAGCUUCGUUCGAGUAUCUGCAGAAUGAAGGCGAACGAGUUCUGCUGGAAGCUAUGGACGAACUGGAAGUUGCGUUCUCUCAUCCUCAAGCUAAACGCACGGAUUGUAAUCACAUCUUCCUCAACUUUGUGCCGACUGUUAUCAUGGACCCGGCGAAAAUCGAAGAAUCGGUAACCAAAAUGGUUAUGCGCUACGGUCCUCGUUUGUGGAAGCUGCGUGUCUUGCAAGCCGAGCUGAAAAUGGUUAUCCGCCAGACUACACAAUCUCCAACUACCUCUGUUCGCCUUUGUAUCGCCAAUGACUCAGGAUACUUUUUAGAUAUAGCAAUGUACACUGAAGUAACCGAUCCGGAGACACACGUCAUCAAAUUCAUGGCGUACGGAAAUCGACAAGGUCCACUCAAUGGACUACCAAUUUCGUCGCCAUACAUGACCAAAAAUUAUCUACAGCAGAAGCGUUUCCAAGCACAGUCGAACGGGACGACAUAUGUAUACGACAUUCCGGAUAUGUUCCGUCAAAUGACCGAACGGCUGUGGAAGGAGUUUUCGAAGGCACGACCAAAUGAAGACAUACGUAUACCGGAGAAGAUAUUGCUGGUUUGUAACGAGUUGGUGAUCAACGGAGACACUAUGGAGGAAAUUCAGCGCCUGCCAGGAGAGAACAAUGUCGGAAUGGUGGCCUGGAGAAUUGUACUCGCUACUCCAGAAUUUCCUAAUGGUCGGGAGAUUAUCGUUAUUGCAAAUGACUUAACUUACUUCAUCGGUUCGUUCGGUCCUCAGGAGGAUUUGCUGUUUUGUAAAGCUUCCGAAUUGUCGAGAAAACGGAAAUGUCCAAGAAUUUACAUCUCUGUCAACAGUGGCGCCCGUAUCGGGUUAGCCGAAGAGGUGAAAUCCCUUUUCAAAGUGGCAUGGGAAGACCCUGAUGAGCCGGAGAAGGGUUUCAAGUAUUUGUAUCUAACAACGGAAGAUUACAGCAAGGUCUUAAACACAAAUUCGGUGCGUGCCAUUUUGAUCGAGGACGAAGGAGAGCCGCGGUAUAAAAUCACCGAUAUUAUUGGAAAAACGGACGGACUUGGAGUGGAGAAUUUGCGUCAUGCUGGUAUGAUUGCCGGUGAAACUUCCCGGGCAUAUGAGGACGUGGUUACUAUUUCGAUGGUAACCUGUCGAACGAUCGGUAUUGGAUCGUAUCUCGUGCGUCUUGGACAGCGUGUCAUCCAGAUCGAAAACUCUCACAUCAUUUUGACCGGGUUUGCUGCUUUGAACAAAUUACUGGGAAGGAAAGUGUAUGCCUCUAACAAUCAGCUGGGUGGCAUUCAGAUUAUGCACAACAAUGGUGUGACGCACAAAACAGAGGCACUCGAUUUGGACGGUGUUUAUACAAUUCUACACUGGUUGUCGUUUAUUCCGGAUGUACGUGGUGGAACUCUGCCGAUCGUAUCGACUAGUGAUCCUAUCGAUCGACCGAUCGAUUUUAUGCCUACCAAAGCCCCGUAUGAUCCUCGAUGGAUGCUUUCCGGCAGAUUAAAUCCGUCUAAUCCAUCUGAGUGGGAAACUGGAUUCUUUGAUCGGGGGACUUGGUCGGAAAUUAUGGAACCUUGGGCCAAAACGGUCGUUGUUGGCCGAGCCAAGCUCGGAGGUAUUCCGGUCGGAGUGAUAGCCGUUGAAACUAGAACAGUCGAGCUGACCAUCCCAGCGGAUCCCGCCAAUUUGGAUUCGGAAGCCAAAACAUUCCAGCAAGCCGGUCAGGUGUGGUUCCCUGAUUCAUCCUACAAAACGGCACAAGCAAUCAAAGAUUUCGGCCGCGAGGAGCUUCCUUUGAUUGUUCUAGCCAAUUGGCGAGGGUUCUCUGGCGGACAAAAAGAUAUGUAUGAGCAGGUUGUAAAAUUCGGCGCAUACAUUGUGGAUGGGUUGCGGGAAUAUACUCAGCCGGUCAUAAUUUAUCUCCCACCGAACGGUGAGCUUCGCGGAGGAGCUUGGGCUGUAUUGGAUCCGACCAUUAAUCCGCGCUACAUGGAAACAUACGCCGAUCCAGAAUCUCGUGCCGGAGUGUUGGAACCAGAGGGCAUCGUCGAAGUCAAGUUCAAGGAGAAAGAUCUCAUCAAAAGUAUUCAGCGGCUGGAUCCGGUGGUACUGGAAUUGAAGCAAAAAUUCAACGAAGCCGCUGGUAACAAGGAAGCACAGACCGAGUUGGAAAAUCAAAUCAAAGCUCGGGUCAGCUCGUUGUUGCACGUGUACCACACAGUAGCGGUACAUUUCGCCGACUUGCACGACACUCCCGAGCGAAUGCUCGAGAAAGGUUGUAUCAGCGAAAUCGUUCCAUGGCGAAGUUCGCGUAGUUUCUUGUACUGGCGACUCAGGCGGUUACUCCUGGAGGAGUACUUCAUCAAGCAAAUUCUCAGUGCUCAAGAUAGUCUCUCGGUUGGGCAGGCUAAGUCGAUGUUGCGUCGGUGGUUUGUCGAAGACAAAGGAGCCACGGAGGCCUACCUAUGGGAAAACAAUGAACCAGUGGUUGAGUGGUUGGAAAAUCAAAAACAAAGCGAUUCCACAGUUUGCAAAAAUAUUUACGCUGUGAAGAAGGACGCAAUUAUCUCCCAAAUUCAAAAAGCUCUUGAGGAAUGCCCUGAGGCUGCCUUGGACGCGGUUGUUGGACUCUGCCAGGCUUUGUCUCCAGCCCAUCGCGGCGAAGUGGUUAAAACACUGUCACAGCUAGAGUUUACCGAGAAGGAACACGCUAGUAUGGGAUGACCGGGGCGAGGUUACGAGUGAACAUGUCGUACAAUCCAACCGGGGAGGACACAGUCAUCGUUUCAUUGAUGCAUUCCUGAGCAAUAUAAAUUUUUUUAUUGGCAGGUUUUUCUUUCCAUAGUUUUAUACAUCGUGCAUGAUUACGAGAACGAAGACAGCUGUUAUCCGUUCCAAAAAACUUUUGAAUCAUUAGUGACCUCGAUCGGAAAUAUUCCUUCGAUUCAAUUGUUAUUAUAGAUGCAAACAAAAACUCAUUCACAUUAAAAACGUAACUCAAAAAGAGAAUGUGAAAUAAAACAAACAAAAAAUGCCUAUUUCUAAUUGUAUUAGAGUGUAAUCGAAACAGUUAUAUAUAUAGUUGUAGAUACUCAUAUUAAACUCACACGAAUCGUUCAACAAAAACACUGACGCAUCCAGUUGCUGGUUAUAUUGUCAAACUUUGAAACAAAGUGAUUCAUGUAGCAUAAUCAUAAUUUAUUCAUAAUUGGAAUCUAUUUUUCGGCAAUCUUCAAAUACUAGAAAAAAAAAAUUGAACCUUUGUUUGGCUGGUUAGCUAGAAUAAAUAAAUAUCAAAUACCAAGGGUACCGGGUAAUAUUUAUGUGUAGAGGUCGGCUUCAACUCUUCAGAAGAGUAUGUACCUUAUAGUUGCUACUGCAGAAUAACAAAAGUUGAGAUAAAUCUCAAUGCACUUUGUAAACACGAUUAAUAGCAUAGCUGCUUUUAGCUGACGCACAUCCCGCAGAGCAGAGCAAACAGAAAUAGCAAGAAAAAAAUGCAAAGCAGCAUCACUCAAUUUUCUGUUGUACAAACUUGAUGGCGAUGGGGAAGUAAAGAAUAAAAAAUCAACAAAAUCUAAA